AUGGCAAAAUUUGAGUAAUUGGAUUCUCCAUAUGCAAAAGUAUUUUUCAUGUUGCAAUAAUUAGUGAAAGCAGAAUUGAUUACUCAAAGUGAGAAAGAUCAAUUUAAGGACUUAAUAAUUCAAAACGACUAGUCAAUAAUGAAUUUUAUCGUUAUAGAAGGUUAUCAGGAACUAUUUGAAAAAGUUUAAGAAUUCAUUUAUAAAAAAAGAGUCAGUUUAGAAGGGUUAUCCGAUUUUGAGGAUGAUGAUUCAACUACCAAAAGUCUGAGGUAGUAUUUGAGAAAUAAAUUAAAACUGGAAUUAAAACAGAGUAAUUUUAAUUUGUCAAUUAAGAAAAUUUGA